AUGCCAAUCACGCCCCCCUUCGGUCUCCUCGAGCCUCUGAAGCUCGUCAUCGAUGACGGCCGCUCCCCUUCGAUACCGGAGAGCACGCCAGUGCACAUCAUGGUUCCCGUCGAUGCCCGGAUGGCGGUCCUUGUGUCCAUCGACGGGAGCGGGAACGUCACGGUGAGCGCUCCGUCCUGGCGCAUACCUAUAAUCAGGGCCGGAAAGUUCGAGGCCACUACCUCCUCCGGCGCGGGGCCACUGUCAUUCGUUGACCUACAUACUGAUGGGCGCUACUCCGGCAUAGAUUUCCCCGUUCCCGCUGGGGCGUACAGAAGCAUCGGGGAAAUCAUCAAGGCAACCUGCUCCUGCUUAAGCCGCCCCUGCCCCUCUCACUAUCGGCAUGAGGAUGGUCCCUCUGCGCUGCAACAGCCGAGUGACUCGUCCCCCACUACAACGUUUGAGGACUUGGAGGAGGCCAUGUUCGAGGCAGCUCCAACAUUUGAGGCCACUUCCUCUACCUGUCCGCAGGCACAGGCAGUAACUCCCGGGUCACCCAUGUCACCCAUUUUGAGCCAUAUACGACAUGAUUGGGGUCUGGAAUUUUACAUCAGGGUUGAUCACCAAGGAUCAUUCCACACAUAUCCUGACAUUGGUGGCCCGUUUCAGAGCUUGCAACAAGCUAAAAAUGCCAUUGAUCAACAUCUUCAUGGCCGUCGUCACACCUCAAUGUGCAUGGAGCAAGCUGGUGUUUCUCAAAAUGAGAUGGGUAUACGGCAGUGUCUUUUUUGGCCCGAUGGCACAAGGAAGAAGCGCACAAAAUCAUAUAUAUUUAAGAAGGGCCAUGAACAUAUAUCCAGAUUGGUGUGUGCUAUAGUGGACCAGUAUAAUGAGGAUCACAAUCUUUUGGGGGAUCUUGCAUACAAACUCAAAGACAUGGUGAGACACAAAUCAUUUCGUGAGAAGGAUGAAUGGUACCGCCAUCUGAAUUUCACCGCAAAGAUUAAAGGAGCUGAUGGCUUGGACUGGUUUGAAAAACUGUUCUUUGUUGAACUAAGAAAUACAAAACAAGAAGAGAGCUAUGGAGAGUGGGUAGUCAGCUGUUUUUGCAUGGUCGAUCCUACUGAUAAUGGUCAUUGUGGUGGUUGUAAAAGUGGUGUGAGGCACCCCAACAAAGCUGAUGCAUACACUUGUGGUCAUGUGGGUGCAGAUGAGCUAUGUGGAUGCCCGGCAGAGUGGAGCGACUCCGAUGAAGAUGAUAGGAGCAAGGAGCGUAGGAUAAGACGUAUGUACAAGGGCCGGAAACCUUUCGUCCUCCCUGCGUCGGCUGUACCCAAGGAGAUAGCAUAA